GAGGCGCCCCGGGCCUCGGGAGCCGCUCCGCGGGGCGUGGCCGGCGCUGAGGGGCAGCGUCCGGCGGUGAGCGGGGCUUUGGCUCCUUCGCCCUUGGUUUAACCAAUGAAUGACGAGGUUUGGAUCAACUUUGACAGAGUUCUGGUCCAGCUUAAUUUCCAGGUAGAAAGAACUCGCAGUACUAAGAGACAUGUGGAUCAUCAGAUAAAUUUGUACACUGCAAAAAUCACAGAAGAAAAGAAUCAAAUUGCUUGGUUGGAGGAAAAUAUAAAAAAAGAGAAAGAGGAACUUGCUGAUCUGCAAAAGCAAAAUGAGAGCAGCAAGAAGAGCUGUGAUGUCUGGAAGCCCACCUAUGAAUUUCUUAAGAAGCAUGAAGCAUGUUUGAAAAAUGAAAUUACAGCUGUAGAGCAAGAUGCAGAAAAUGAGAGGAAAACAUAUGAGAAUUCCAUAGCCCAGUGCAGAAAGAAUUUGCAGGAACGGCACAAAAAAUAUAAAGAAUCUGCUCUUGCCCAGAAGUAUUACAAAAAAAAGGAAGAAGUUGAAGAAAUCCAAAAGAGAAUUUUGAAAUGGUUUGAAAAAUACAAAUGGAAAGAAGAAGCUUCCUUGGACAGUCUGGAGGCUGUUCCUUUGACAUCUGUAAAUGAUUGGGUUGUACACAUUGUCUCUAUGAGGAAAAAAACACAGGAAACCUUGCAGCUUGCUCAAGCUGCUAUGCAGGAAACCAUCAAACUGGAAAAAGAAGCAGAAGAAUUACAAAUGAAAACUGACUACUUAAAAAAGACCAUCAAAGAGACUAAAGAAGAUCAAAAUAAUUCCCAAAAGAUUGAAGAAAAAAAUCAGAAAAUUCUUGAGAAGCCAGAAGAGUUUAAAGAAAGGGUGUUUGAAGAACGUCAACACCCAUCUUUGCCAAAGGAGAGACGUCAGGUGUUUAAAGCAUUGCGUGUCCCGUGCAUUCCUCAGAAAUUUGUCCAGCCUGUAAAGAGCUUUAGAUUCUCAAAGCAACGACCAGAAACAGGGAGAGAAGAAAAAGAGAAACCAGUGGAACUUUCAGUGGCCACCAGCUGUUCCUCCAGCCUUGCAGAAAAUUUAUCACAGAAAGUUAUUGACACUGCAGGGACUAAUAACCCACAAACUGCCCAAGUUCCAUCAACAGUGAGCAUGCAAAACCAAGUGAAAUUCAGACUGCCAGCUCUACCAAAGCAGUUGACUUCCAAUCAACAGUUUGAGAGUGAAAAUGCAGUAAUGGUAAGCCAAAAGGCCAAGCAUGUUGAUGAAGAAGCAGAUGAGCAGGUGGGCUGCUUGUAUGCACCUCAAGAUGUGCACACAGGUUUUAAGCCAAAUGAAGAUAAUCCUGACAUAACAGAAGAAAGUGCAGAACCUUUCUUCAAAGCACCUAAAACACCUGACUUAAAGGGGAAACACCCACUCUUCUCAAGAACACCUCCAUUUGACUUCAUGAAAAAUUUAGGUUGUGAAGAAGGAACAUCAAAAUCUCCUGCUUUCUUUUCUGCCUUAAACUUCUCCCAGAAGUCACCUGGCUUUAAUUUGUUUGAUUCUUCUCUGUUUGGAGCACAAAAUUCAUCUGAUGAGACAGAGGAAAGUUUUUCUAUAGGAAACCUGGGCUCUGUGUCCCCACACAAGGGUGUUGGAAGCCUCUUUGGAAAAUCAGAAAAUGAGGAUGCAUUUGCAUUUCCCUUCCUCUCAGAAUCAAUUUCUCAUGAAUUUGGAGAUGGAAAAGAUGAUGCUGGUUUUUCAUUUGCAUUUGGACAGGAUCAGAGAUCACCACAGUCUCCUAUGGAAGGUUUUCAUUCUAACACACAAAAUACAAAGCUGUUUUCACUCUUUUGAAUACCUUUGACUUCCUUUUAAAUUCUUUUCCUACUUAGCCUUGACAAAUGUUUCCAGUUUCUUAAGUUAAAGUACAAAGCAUUUCUUCUCCUUCCAUUUCUUGUAAGGAUACAUUAUUACAAUUGCUUCAAUGUGUGUUCAUCAACCAUGUAUUUUGAGAUUUUAUUAUUUAUCUUUGAAAUGUGUUUGUUCAUAAAGUGUUAUUGUAUGCUCUUGCUAAACUGGCACUCACAAACAGAAAUAUUAUUUUAGUGUAAAGUGUUAAUUCAAUGUCUGUGAGAGCAUUUAAACAUAUAGAUGAGAACUUUCAGCUUCUGAUACAAACUAAAUUCUGUUAGUAAGAAUGACUGUUGUAGCAGUUAAAGCUGAAUUUGAAUUAAAGACAAUGUUCUUGAGUAUUCUGUUUAUAUCAGCUGAUUAAUAAAAUACUUAAAAUAAAUAUUUUUGUUAAUUU